GAGGAGGCAUGGCUUGUUCGAGCUAUGGAGGAGUACAAGAGGUCCCUGGAAGCUAUGGCUUGCCUAUCGUCGGAGCCAUUGCAGAUCGCUACGACUACUUCGUAAAGAAAGGAGUAGAGCCUUUCUUCAGAAAGCGCAUGGAGAAAUACAAGAGCACCGUGUUCAGAGUGAACAUGCCGCCUGGGCCGCCUAUAUCUCGCGAUCCUCGCGUCAUAAUUCUGCUCGACGCCAAGAGCUUUCCAAUACUCUUCGACAUGAGCAAAGUGGACAAAACGAACGCCUUCACGGGCGUCUACACGCCCAGCACAAAAUUCACUGGCGGCUAUCGGGUGCUCUCGUAUUUGGACCCUUCUGAACAAAAUCAUAGCAAGCUCAAGAACUUCUGCUUCUAUGUACUCAAGACCAACGCAACCAAAUGGUUUCCGGAAUUCGAGCGGGCCACGGGAGAGCUGUGGGCUAAGCUUGACAGACAAUUUGCCCAGAUCGGCAAGGCCGAAUUCAACAGCGAGAAUUUGCAAAUGUGUUUUAAUUUUCUGUGCAGGUCGGUGCUGAACAGAGACCCAGCAGAACCAGGGUACGCCAGCCUGGGAACUCAAGGGCCUAGUUAUGUCUUCAAAUGGAUUGGGCUUCAGCUCGCUCCAAUUGCAAGCACGGGUGUGUUGCCCAAGAUGUUGGAGGAGAUCACAAUCCACGCGCUCCCUCUGCCGUUCCUGUUUGUACGUGGGGAUUACAAAAAAGUUUACGAUUUCUUCUGGACAUAUGGCAGGCAUUUGCUGGAGGCAGCGGAACAUCAGUUCGAUCUAAAUCAAGAGGAGGCGUGCCAUAAUUUGGUGUUCAACAUAUGCUUCAACACCUUCGGAGGAAUGUUCAUUUUUUUUCCCGCCCUCAUACGACGAAUUGGGGCGGCGGGGAAGCAGCUGCACGCAGAUCUGGUAGAAGAAAUAAGAGGUGGCAUUAAAAAACACGGAGGAUUGAACAUAAGAGCCCUAGAGAGCAUGGCGUUUCUCCGUUCGACUGUGUAUGAAGCGCUGAGGAUCGAGCCGCCCGUGCCGUUCCAGUACGGGCAUGCGAAAGAGGACUUGGUGGUGGAGUCGCACGAUGGGAGAUAUGCGGUGAAGAAGGGAGAGAUGCUUGGUGGGUAUCAGCCCUUUGCAACCAGAGAUCCCAGAGUGUUUCAUUACCCUGAUGACUUUCUUCCCCGGCGUUUCAUGGGAGAAGAAGGGGAGAAACUGUUAAAAUAUGUGCUGUGGUCGAACGGGCCGGAGACCGAGCAGACGACGGUGCAUAACAAGCAGUGUGCGGGGAAGCACUUCGUGGUGAUGAUAUCACGCCUCCUGGUGGCGCAUCUGUUCGUGCAUUACGACUCCUUUGAGAUCGACCCAUCCACCACAACCAAAGUCGUUCUUACCUCGCUGCAAAAGGCCACUUCUUAAUUCCCCUUCUCUCAGUUAAAUGUAGGAGCCUAGAUAAGGCAUGUUAAUUAUUUGACAGAAAGCCUGAAGGGGUAGUUAUUUCUAAAAUGUUGUGUUGUUGCCUUCGUAGCAAUGUCAGAAAUGUUGUAUUAUUAACUUUAUAGCAUAGUUAAAAAGUAAUGAAUAGUCAAUGAGCCCGUGAAGUUGAAUGGCUCCAAAUGAGCCCACAGGGAUCAAGUCUUGCUGAGUGCAAGGCUCCGACAUCAUAAGGGAUGAGGCCCGGAUUGUGCCCCAAGCGAAUUUGGUGGAAUGGAUACUCCUCAGUCCUUGGUUCUUAGCUGAAGAGGUUCAACCUAUUGGGUCAUACCCCCAUAUUGGGUGGCAAAAAAUACUUCGUGAAGGCCCUCGCUAGGCUGGCAGCUCGAAGGCUUCAUGCCCUUGCUAGGCUGUUGUGCUCGUAGGUCUGGACCUCCAAAAAAAAAAGAGUAAUGAAUAACAGUGUUGAAGGUCUUAGAAAGCUGAAUGAGAAAAUUAUAAUUCAUAAAGCUCAACUGAUCAAUAGUAUUUCGACAUCUACUACUAAAUCUAAAAGGAAGGAUACUAAUCUAUAGGGAUUGGAGGUGUGGGUCUCUACAUGCCCAUCUACUAGGACCAUGAGUGGGAACGAAGAAAAAAGUACCACAACGAACAUCAUCAUGGAGGAGCUAGAAGACAUCAAUAAGGACUUCAUUGAGAAAAAUUAUGAGCUCUUACAUGCUUUUGUUUAGUUUUUUGUUAGUAUGUUUGGGGCCUUAGUGUUGUUUUUUGAUGGGCUCUGUGGGAUUUCGCCCUUGUCUCUU